AUGAGCUCGUUCGCCUUUCCCGCCUUUGAGCGGGCUCAGCAGCAGCACAUGGCCUUCGACCAGACAGCCGAGCAGCUCUACCAAUCCGUCCGAGAUGCCAUACAUGCUUCUUCCCACGCCUGCAUCGGUCCUUCCGAUGCCGAGACUCUUGCCGCAGCAUCAAAAUCAAGCACAGUCAACGGUACUACCGAGCCAUCGGCACCUCCGCUACCCAAGAUCACCAAGCGUGUCAACGCGCGUCUGCAGCUCGCAGCUGCGCUCAUCGAGGCCGACAACGAGAGCAUUCUUGCAAAGGCGCAGUUCUGGCACAUCUACCAUCCACCGCAAGCGCACGAUUUCGUUCAUCCCCCUCCACCACCACAGCCAGCGCUAGCCAGCCAAAGCGCCAUCUUCGCCCCGUUUCGAGAGGGAGCAACUACCGCAGUCAAACGACACGUUCGCACCUGGAGCGCAGCUACCGGCCUCUCCCGUCUUCUCGAUGCAGAAAACGAUGGCAAGCGGCCUAGUGUCGACUUCCUCGGCGUCGCACUUCCUACAGACCAGCGGGCACGCAGUCGAGCUGGAAGCAGCGUCACAGGUCUCAACGCCGCAGGUACAUCACGCAAUCGAUCCGACAGCCUCUUUUCAAAUGCAACCACCUCCGUCGCGGGUCGCACUUCCAAGCUAGGCUCUCGUCCCGCUAGCGUCUUGGAGGCAGCUGCCGAAGCCGAUACAGCUGCUGCGACCGAAGAUGUACUCAGCGACUGGGGCGUCGACAAAUUUCUCAGCAAAGACGAGCGCGAACGUAUCGCCGCGGGUCAGCGCAACCGCGCUCAAAGCCUGGCUGGCAGCGCACGUGCACGCUCUUCUAUCGACCAAAUGGCGCCCUCCUUGACCGGCCGUAGGUCCAUCGACACGGAUCGCAACUUGCCCAGUGACCGGCCUGCAGUGGUCAGAGCUAGCUCGGAGAUCGUUGGCGCUUCCUCAUCUGCAGCUGGUGGGACGGCGGAUCCCAAGCUCGAGCUCCUGGCUAGGAUCAAGCUAUAUCGAGAGCGUCAGGAGAACCUUCCGCCCUCGGAAUGGGAUGGACCAGGGCCGACAGCCACCAAGGAUGAGGUCGUCGAGCAUAUUAUUGCCUCUUCAGACGGCAACAAGCGGAGUUCAUUGCGUCAAGCCUCUCAAGAGCUCGAAAAACCGCCUGAGUCAUCGACGAUGGUCAACGGCGUCGAUCAAGAAAGCAACACUGCAGCGCCCGCCGCUGCCGAGUCCAUCAUGGAUCGACCUCGUCCGUCGUCCCGCGCCGAUUCCACGACGUCGUCCGCCUUCCCGUCAACACCGCUCGCCAAUGGAGCCGUCAUCGAUCCGGCGUCGCAAUCAAGUCAAGCCGAUGCUCAAGUCGUGACCACGCCGUCUCACGAAGCUGGCAAGGUUGAGGGCUUUCCCGCUGAUCAGGCCCAUACGAUGACUACGCCGAGGAUGCCCACAGCUGACUUUCCCAAUCCCUUCGAUCAGCAGACGCCGACAGCUUCGCAAAGCAUGGUCGGUGUCGGUUCCUUCCCCCGAAGCCAGUCGCGACGCAAUUCAUAUCUCGGGGAUCCUUCCUUCUUCCCGGACGGAGACCCGGUCAGCCAACCGAAUCAAGCUCAGCAGCGGGCAUCCAUGUCCUUCAUGCCGCCUCAUGCUACGUCCGGAUCAGCACCUUUCGGACAGCAGCAAAUGUCAGGUCGAGGAUGGGCAACGGAUCAAUUUGCCGAGCACGAUCUUGGACUCGGUCCUAGUCCAUUCGCGGCGGCUUUGCUAGCUGCGAGCCCCAGUAUGAACGGCCUCUCCGAUUCCCGCUGCCACGACACAAGUCCUGGGAACGCGGCUUCACCUGCUAUCGAUUUCAACAGCCUUACCACACGUCAGCUCCAAAACGUCGCCCGCAAUUCGACCUUUCCGUCGCAUCUUGGCAUCAAUCGCGAUCUCCUCGCCGAGGAGGAGCUUCAUCAAGCAGACGAGCAUCUGCUCGAGAAUGAAUUCGGUCAAACACCGAAGCGCAAAAGACAAUCGUCGUAUGACAUCACGGCGCUCGCACAAGAUCUCGCCAAGACCGGAGGCGAGAACUUUGAGAUCCAGCUCGGCGAAGGUGCUGCCCCUGAUCUCUCGUCUGCCAAUUGGGGCAAACCACGCAAGAAGUGGUUCCGCUUGAGCAUGAUGAUGGACGCCAAAGGCAGACCAGCAAAGCCCAAAAGAACGGACGGAGCCGAGGGCGACGGCGAGUCUGACGCUGAAGCUCUGGACGUUCCGGUCGCAGGAGCCGACCCGCUCCCUAUCGCAGGUCAAAGUGCCGGUGAUUCGGCCAACAUGACCGGCGCCGUUCUCCCCGCUCAGACGGAAGAUAUGCACGACAUCGAUGACGACUACGUCAGUCCUCCGCGUCGAGGCCCUCUUCGUCCUCUAGGCCUAGCUGCUCGCACGCCGCAGACCAUCGUUAUGCCGCAGCCUUUGCAAGGUACCGAGUUUGCGCCCAAACUGCGAUUGAAGGAUGCAGAUACCACUGCUCCUGCCUCCAAGCGCCACAGCCUGCACGUCCCUGAUGGGUUCGUUCUGCACAACAGCCGAGGUGAUUUGCCUCCCAUGCGCAGCUUGGUUGUGCACAGCGCCAACGGGCCUCAGCCCAUGUUCGCUGCCAAGAUGGGCAACAAGAAGCAACAGCAGCAGCAGCCUGCUCCGCGACUCAAAGCUGUCGAGGUGGGCAGAACCGUCCAGGUGCCGGCCGCCGCGCCUCGUGGCAUCGGACGACGUGCUGCAGCUCCUACCACCGCUCUGUUCCGAAACCAUCUCGUGCAAAACGAAGACGAGCGGGAAGGAUGGGGCUGGGAAGCUGGCACUCGUGUCGAUGACGUCUUCCAUCCUGACCAGGUCGACGACUCGGAUGACGAUGACAAACCGCUCGCCGACAUCAAAAAGCAAAGCCGCUCAGCCAAGCGCGCUGCAAAGCGUCUCGUCAAGGAGAAGCGCAAGCGUAAAGCCGCCCGCCGCGUCCGCCGCGCCAAGAGGGAGGAAGCGCUCAAAGAAGGCAAGUCGUUCAAGGAGGCUGGCGUGGACGAGCUCAGUCCGGAUGAAGACUUGGACCUCAGCAGCACAAGCACCGAAGAGGAGGUCACUGGUAGCGAGACAGACUCAGACCUCUGGGCAAGCGACGACGACAAACGAUGGGUCGACGACAGCAAGCCCGCCGGCAAGCUCUACGGCAAGAGUCUGCUCGACCUUGCCACUGAGCGAAACCAGGUGCGCAAAUCCAAGGCCCGAUUCUACGGACAGGUGCAACACGAGGAUGGUGAAGUCGCCGAGCUGCAGAUCGACGGUGAUGGCGACCGUUCAGCUUUACAGCGUCCCGCUGGCUCUGUCUUCGACGAUGACGCUUCCGUGGCGCCAAGCGUUGCCCGCACCUUCCGAGACAAGCCUGUUGGCUUCAACGACACGAGGGAACGCAUGGAGGCUGUCUUCGGCGCUGAUCAGGUCUGGGCACGGGAGAUGGCCAAGAGGCGGGAUGACGAGGCGCGAGAGGCGGAGCAAGCUCGGCAAAAAGCAGACUUGGAAGCGGCGGCCCAGCAGCAACGGGAAGCUGAGGCGAAGGCCAGGAAGGAACGCGGCCUUUUUACGCUCGGACGAAAGGGCAAGAAGAGCAACUCCGCACAGCAUCUCGGCAUCUCGAACGGCUCGGCAAUCCCCAGUACGGCGAGCUUUGCCGGCUCCAACGUCGAUGUUUCGUCCAUCACGCCCUCGCAGAAAGCUCUGCACGAGGAGGAGGAAGUCGAAUCUCAGACACUCGCGAUGGGACAGUCUCCUCUGGUGCCUCCUGUGCUCGCGCUUGAUCUUGACGAGGACUCCAACGCGCGCGACCAAGCACAGUCCGGCCGAAGGAGUCUCAAUCUGCUCGCUGGCGAGGAGGCGGCGGCACAGGAAUGGCUCAUCCACUCGGACGUCGAGCCUGAGCAGAAUGACGAUCAGGGACCAGAAUCAAGCGACGACGACCUUCCCCUCGCUCAGGUCAAGAAGAAUGUUGCAUCGCGUCCGGUCUCGUUCGCUGCAGGCCUUUCGCUUAACCCAGCGAGGUCGGGCGAUGCCGACUCGUCUGACGAAGAGCUUCCACUCGCGGCCUUGAAGCAGAAACGCAUUCGACAGUCCGCGAUGCUGGGUGGUGGCAAGCUGGAUCUGGACUUUGCGUCCUUGCAUCAAAGUCUGGACCGCGACGCAGGCGCGGAACCUGCCGUCAUCUCCUCGCCUCGGCCGGGCAGCUUGCCUGAAACGACGAGCGUGGCGUACGAUGACUUCAAGGCGCCCUUCUCACAACCGGCCGCUGUGAAAGCUGCGCAGCUGAUGGAAGACGACGAUUCUGAUGAGGAUUUGCCCCUUGGUCAGAGACAUCCGGGAGGAAACGCCGCGCUUCUUGCGAUGCGCACUGCCCUCGAGAAUCAGAAACGAGCAGAGAAGGAAGCCAGGCAAGCGGCAAAGGCGCAGAAGAGGGCCGCCAAGCUCGCGCGACAAGUUAGCACGGACGACGUCGAUGCGGCCGCUGACGCGGAGCAAUCCAGGGUUGACGGGGAUGCAGACCAGGAGGACGAUGGCAGCGAGGAGGAGGAGGACAGCGACGACGACCAGCCACUGGGCUAUGUGCACCCUCAAGCAGCUAUCAUCGCCGAGCAGGCAGAACUCAUCCGACAACUACAAUCCGAAAGGGAGCAGCAACAGCAACAACAGCAGCAGCAGCCAUCCCGCUUUGGCGGUAUGUCACCGUCGGGGUCCGCCAUCAUGUCGCCUUCCGGAGUGGACAUGCGCUCUUCGGUCAUGCUCCACAGAAUGAGCGGAGUGCCUAGCAUGAUGGGCGGUAUGGCCAUGGGUAUGGCGGAUCCUCGGCACUCGAUGAUCGGCAUGCCAACGAACGGAUCGAUGAUGGGGAUGCCUCAGUUCGAUGGCCUGCCGACGUCUGGCGCUGGACUGCCCUUCAGCAUGCCAAUGUCGACACCAAUGCAAAUGGGAAUACCCAUGGCUCCAGGCUCUCAGAUUGGCGUUCCCAACGCCAUGCAAUCAGGAGCCAUGUCUCCUGCCAUGACGAUGCCGAUGAUGGCUGCGAGCCCGCAGAUGGGAGCGACAAUGACGCCAAAUCCUAUCGCCAUGAUGCUUGACCCUAAAGCAUCUUCGAUCCACAACUGGCGAACACAGGUCCCCCCAGAUGCGCCAGCCACCCUGACCCCGCCCAGCGGAGCCUCUACCGUCAAUUCGGCCAGAUGA